AUGGCUUCCAAGAAGACAAAGCCCGCCGCUGCUGGCGACGACAUUGACGACCUUUUUGAUGGAAUUGGCGACAAUGUUGCCCCCCCUAAGAAGUCGCUCGAGAAGAAGCCCAAGCCUACCACCGCCGCCUCCAAGGCUAUGGCCGAUAACGACAUCCUAGCCGAGCUUGAAAAGGACCUCGAGCAACCCUCCCGUCCGCAUACGCCGCGCCUUAAGGAGACGGCAGCGAAGGGAAUCCCCAAACGCUCUGCGACCCCCACCACCGACGACAAGUCGACUGCCCCCCGCAAGUCUACCGACAGCGCACGAUCUCUCCGCGCGAGCUUCACCCCCAGUGCCACAAGCUCCGACCUGCAAGAACCCGAGAAGAGGCCUGCUGAACAGCUUGCCACUGCCUCCUCAUCAGCUGCUUCUCCCGAAGCCGCGCCCGCUGCGGCUGCUGGAGGUGGUUGGUGGGGUGGCAUCUUCAACACGGCCACUGCCGCCAUGAAGCAGGCCGAGGCUGCUGUGAAGGAGAUUCAGAAGAACGAGGAAGCCAAGAAAUGGGCCGAACAAGUUCGUGGAAACGUUGGUGGCCUCAGGGCUCUUGGAGAUAACCUUCGCCAGCAAGCUCUUCCGACAUUCACGAAUAUCCUCCACACCAUUGCCCCUCCCAUUAGCUCUCACGAGAGACUCCUCAUUCACAUCGCCCACGAUAUGGUCGGGUACCCUUCCCUCGAUCCAUUGAUCUACGGCACUUUCUCCCGCGUCAUGUCCCAGGUGGAGGGCGGCGAGUUGAUGGUCAUUCAGCGAGGCCAAGAAACCCACAGCCGCAGAUACUCCAAUGACAGUGGCGCGGGCUGGAAAGACGGUCCUUGGUGGAGACAAUCCGACUCCCCGCGUGACCUGGGUCUGAUUAAGGGUCUGACCGAGGGCACCAAGCUCUGCCGUGCUGGAGCCGAGGGUUACGCCAGCGAGUACUUCGCAGCCCACGGCGGUGUCGAGCAGGCUCGGCUACGUGCGACUGAGCCGGUGAGCGAAGACAACCCGGUCCGCAGCUCCGACCUCUUCCUUGCCAUCCAGGCUGUGGGUACCACGGCCGACUCUGGUCUCUUUGCCAGUACGUCGGCUGUGGAGAAGGAGAAGGAGACUUCGGCCGUGGCCGAACAGGAUGAGGCAGAUGAGAUGGUUUGCUUCGCCGUCUUCUGCCUCGACCCCGUCCACGAGAUUGAGUACUCGGCCAUCAGCCAGUCCAUCCCGGCCAAGUGGAUCCGCUGGUUGGACGCCGCCAACCCGCUGACUCCUGCCAGCGGUGAUGAUGGCCAGGAGGGCUCUCUGGGUCAAUCUAUCCCGGAUGAGAUUCGUGAAAUUGUCGAGGGCGGUGGUGUCGACCCCCGCGAGUGGGUCGCCGAGUGGAUCGAAGAGCUGUUGAGUCUGGCUGUGGGUGUCGUGGCACAGAGGUAUGUUGCCAGAAGAAUGGGUGUUGGUGAGGGAGGCAUUGGAAAGGGCAAGAGGCGCAUGGACGAACUCGUUCAGGAUGGUGGUGGCGAGGCUGCCCGGGCUGGUCUUAUCUAA